CCUGAAAAUCACACAAACCAAAACCAUCCCACCCAGAAAAAGACCCACUUCAAAAACAAAACACAGACAAAACCCUCUCUUCUACUUUGUGUGGUCUUCACAUAGUUCAUAUCUUGAAGCCUCUUCAAGCCCUGAAGCUAAGAUUAGACCCGAGUUUCAAAACAGCUCAGCUUAGUAGCUUUUUAUGGUGUCUGUAAACCCAAACCCACCACCUCAGGGCUUCUACUUAUUCGAUCCCACCAACAUGGGCCUCCCGGGGAUCAACUCCAUGCCUCCGCCUUCCACGGCCAGCACCACCACGUCGGCCGCGGCCCAGAACGCCGAGGAUCAGAGCAAGAGGAUCAGGAAGCCGUAUACGAUUACCAAGUCCAGGGAGAGCUGGAGUGACCAGGAGCAUGAAAAGUUUCUAGAAGCUCUCCAGCUAUUCGACCGUGACUGGAAGAAAAUUGAAGCUUUUGUUGGCUCAAAAACGGUUAUCCAGAUACGUAGCCAUGCACAAAAGUACUUUUUGAAGGUUCAGAAAAAAGGGACAAGCGAGCAUGUACCUCCUCCUAGGCCAAAGAGGAAAGCAACUCAUCCAUACCCACAAAAGGCUCCUAAGACUGCUCCAGUAGUAUCUCAAGUUGUUGGGCCAUUUGAAUCCUCAACUGGAGUGCUUGAACAUGGAUAUACUUACCAGCCAGAUUCAUCAUUUGUGCAUGGCACUCCAGUUACUAGUGCAACUUUAUCUUCCUGGAGUCAUAGUUACGUGCCUCCAGUCAAUGCAUCGCCAGUAUCCAAAGAUGAUGGAAAUGUAGCUGGUUCAACAGAUGCACAAAACUCUUGCUACAGUAGUAGUAACGAAAGCAAGCCUACAGCUUGGCUAAUGGGUGAGACAUUUGGUAGAGCGUGUCAUCACCAGCCACAGAGAGUUUUACCGGAUUUCGCUCAGGUGUAUAAAUUCAUCGGCAGUGUGUUUGACCCCGAGUCAACUAGUCAUGUGGAGAGACUGAAACAAAUGGACCCUAUAAAUUUGGAAACAGCACUUUUGUUGAUGCGAAAUCUAUCCAUUAAUUUAAGAAGUCCCGAGUUUGAGGAACAUAGAAGGUUGCUUUUAUCAUAUGACGCGGACUCUGAGACAGCUAAAACUGCUAACAAUUGCAACUUCUCUUGCCAUGGUAAAUCGGAGAAUGCCAUCCUAUCUAUGUAGAAAUUAGAAGUUGAAUGGCGUGGAAUGAUGGCAUUCACUAACAAUUACAUCCCGGAGUCUUUGUAAAUAUGCGGAGUAUGCAGCACCGUCCAGGGUAGAGAUCAAGUACUGUGCAGCUUGUCGAAGAAUCAAUAACAGUUUUAUUUGUAUACCGUACUUUAACCAGUCAUCAAGUGAAGGAUGAUUGUCAAUUUAGUGGUUCACCUCGGCUGUCUUGUAGAGUUCCUGAGUUAUAUGAUAUUGUAUUUUAUGUCUGGCUGUCUGCUGUAUAAGGUUGUUUAGACCUGUUUCUUGUUAUGACAUGCUAGUGAAUAAGUAGAGGAGUUGAUGAUAAUGAAUCCAACUCCAGCUGAUACUACAUUUGUGGUAGCUCUCAACAUAGUCUAGGAGUUCCGUCUGUAAUGAUUUCCAGGUCGAUAAGAAGUAUCACUAUGAGGGAAAUCCCAUACUUCAGUGUUUGGGUACAUACUAGUUUCACAGUCGUGGUUUGUAAGAAUAUAGAGAUUGCUGUGUUUCAAUGUUAUUUAAUCGUGUUGAAAGUUGAUUUAUUAAUGAACUGAAUUUACU